CUGAUGCUGGCCCAGGAUGGAUCAGACCUGUGAACUACCUAGAAGAAAUUGUCUGCUGCCCUUUUCCAAUCCAGUGAAUUUAGAUGCCCCUGAAGACAAGGACAGCCCUUUCGGUAAUGGUCAAUCCAAUUUUUCUGAGCCACUUAAUAGGUGUACUAUGCAGUUACGGACUGCCAGUGAAAAAUCCCAAAAUGCUUAUGGACAAGGUUCUCCAUCUUGUUACAUUCCACUGUGGAGACUACAGGAUUUGGCCUCCAUGAUCAAUGCAGAGUAUUUAAAUGAGUCUGCUGAUGGAUCAGAAUCCUUUCAAGACCCUGAAAAAUGUGAUUCAAGAGCUCAGUCGCCAAUUGUUUGCACUUCCCUGAGUCCUGGUGGUCCAACAGCACUUGGUAUGAAACAGGAAGCUUCUUGUAAUAAAUCCCCUGAACUCCAGGUAAAAGUAACAGAGACUAUCAAGAAUGGCUUUCUGCACUUUGAGAAUUUUACUUGUCUGGAUAAUGCAGAUGUAGAUUCUGAAAUGGACCCAGAACAGCCAGGCACAGAGGAUGAGAGUAUAGAGGAGAUCUUUGAGGAAACUCAGACCAAGGCCACCUGCAAUUAUGAGCCUAAAUCAGAGAAUGGUGUAGACGUGGCCAGGGGAAAUGAACAAGACAGCACACCAGACAGUAGACAUGGUGCAGUCAAAUCGCCAUUCUUGCCAUUAGCUCCUCAAACUGAAACACAGAAAAGUAAGCAAAGAAAUGAAGUGGACGGCAGCAAUGAAAAAGCAGCCCUUCUCCCAGCCUCCCUUUCACUAGGAGAUACAACCAUUACCAUAGAAGAGCAAUUAAACUCAAUAAAUUUAUCUUUUCAGGAUGAUCCAGACUCCAGUACCAGUACAUUAGGAAACAUGCUAGAAUUACCUGGAACUUCAUCAUCAUCUACUUCACAAGAAUUGCCAUUUGUAAGCAGUUUUUGGUACAACUUAGAUAUAUACAUAAAUGUAUAUAUACCGGCAACUUAA